CGCCGCGAGACGGGGGUCAGCGGCAGCCGCGGGCCUCCCGCCGGCGGCGCGGGUUGUGCACGGGCGGGUAACGGGCGGACCGGCGCCCCCCGGGCUUCCGGAGUGUCACUUCCGCUGCGGGGCGCCGCCAUGACUCCGGGCGCCGAGGCGGGCGCGGCGCCGUCGCCGCCGAAGCCGCUGUUCGGCAGCUGCUGGAGCUGCCGCGUCCUCAGCGGUGUCGGGCUGCUCCUCGCUGGGCUCUGGAUCUACCAGGGCCCGCGGCAGACCAUGAAGCGCGGCAUCCCUCCAUCCAUGGGCACCAUCGCCCAGAUCACUUUCGCCCUCGGCGUUGCUGGCUGGGGUGUCGUCAUCCUCGUGGACCCCGUGGGCAAGCAGCAGCGCAAACUUCCCUGAAGGCUGCCAGCGCCGGAUCGCCACCACCGGAGCCAGACCACCACCGGAGCUGCCCCAACGCUGAGGGCAGGCACCAGCGGCCAAGGCACCACCCCGUUGCCUUGGCUGUCUACUUGCCACAGCACCAGAGCAGCCAAAUAAAGCGUUUCCAUAUCUACCGCA